GGCGCGCCGUGGGGAGGGCGGCGGGGGAGGGCGUGCUCUCCCGCCCGCCCGGGACCCGCCCCGAGCGGUGGGGGCCGCGACUGCGCGGUGCACCGACCUCCUCCGCGGACCGAGGUGCGAGCUGGAAGUGGCGGGGAGCCCACCUCCAGGCGCCAGGAAGUGGGGUCCGGUCCUUAGGAACCCCCUCACACUCACUGCUCUGACAUACGCGGGCACGAUCACCCGGCCCUUGCCUGGAACACCGGCCCCACGUGGUAGAUGAGAGCCGGGACCUCUGGUCAAAGCCGAGGAAUGUGAAGGUUGGAGCCUCCCUGGGCCCUGCCUGAGCAGGCCUGCCUGGCGAGCUGGGACAUGUCUGGCCCCCGAGGACAGCCGGUGGGCGAUGGCUGCGGUGGCGGAGGGGCUGGAGCCCGAGACAGCGGCUGUAGAAGAUGCUGUAAGAGAUGCUACAGAUGCUGCGGAUGCAGGACUGGGGGCACCCCCUCUCCUGGUUGGGAACCGGCUGAGCCUGGACCUAUACCCCAGGGGCUGCCACCGGCUGCUGCACCUGUGUGCCCAGCAGGUCCGUCAGCUGCUGGAGGUGGAGUUCCUGCGGCUGAGUGGCCACGAGGACCCUCAGCUGCUGCAGGCCACCCUGGCGCGUCUGCCCUGGAGCCUGCCACGCCUCCGCUCCCUGGUCCUCAAAGGUGGGCAACAUCGGGACGCUCUGGGUGCCUGCCUCCGGGGCUCCCUCGCCACGCUGCCCGCCAGCCUGAGUGGCCUAGCCCACUUGGCCCACCUGGACCUGAGCUUCAACAGCCUGGAGACGUUGCCAGCCUGUGUCCCGCAGUUGUGUGGCCUGGGUGCCCUCCUGCUCUCUCAUAACUGCCUCUCAGAGCUGCCUGAGGCCCUGGGGGCCCUCCCCGCCCUCACCUUCCUCGCUGCCACCCACAACCGCCUGCAAACGCUGCCCACAGCACUGGGGUCCUUGUCCACCCUGCAGCGCCUCGAUCUCUCUGAGAACCUGCUGGAUGCUCUGCCCCCGGAGAUCGGAGGCCUGAGCAGCCUGGCCGAGCUCAACCUGGCCUCCAACCGGCUGCAGGGCCUCCCUGCCUCCCUUGCGGGCCUGCGGUCCCUACGGCUCCUCGUUCUGCACAGCAACCUUCUGGCUUCGGUGCCUGCCAGCCUGGCUCGCCUCCCGCUGCUCACCCGGCUCGACCUGAGGGACAACCAGCUCCAGGACGUGCCCCCCGAGCUACUGGAUGCCCCCUUCGUGCGCCUGCAAGGAAACCCCCUGGGUGGGCCUAGCCCUGCCCCCCACAGUCCUCCAGGGACACCCGUGGUCCCAGAAAUGCCCAGACUGUUGCUGACUUCAGAUCUGGACAGCUUCGCCGUGACCCCCCUAGGCUGCUCUGUGACCCUGGCCUGCGGUGUCCGCCUGCAGUUCCCCGUGGGAGCCACUGCUACCCCUGUUACCGUCCGCUAUCGACUGUGGCUGCCAGAGCCACGCCUCGUCCCCCUGGGUCCCCAUGACUCUCUGCUCAGUGGUGUCCUGGAGCUGCAGCCCCACGGGGUGGCCUUCCAGAAGGAGGUGGGCCUGUGGCUGCUCUUUGUGCCCCCACGGGCCCGGCGUUGCCGUGAGGUGGUGGUCAGGACCCUGAGUGACAAUAGCUGGAGUGACCUGGAGACCCACCUGGAGGAAGAGGCGCCCAAGCGGCUCUGGGCUCGCUGCCAGGUGCCCCACUUCUCCUGGUUCCUCGUGGUUUCGCGCCCUGUGUCUGACGCCUGCCUGGUGCCACCAGAGGGGACAUUGCUGUGCUCCUCAGGACAUCCUGGGGUCAAGGUCACAUUCCCCCCUGGGGCCACUGAGGAGCCCCGUCAUGUCCGCAUGCAGGUGGUGCGCGUGGGCAGCAGAGAACUGCCGGCCCUGCUGGGAGAGCCUGAGGCGGCCACCAGCCCCCUGCUCUACCUCUCCCAGAGGGGCCCCCCCAGCUUCCUUCGGCCGGUCACCGUGCAACUGCCUCUGCCCCCUGGCGUCACAGGCCUGAGUCUGGACCGCUCGCACCUGCACCUGCUGUACCGGGCCCCUCCUGCGGCCACCUGGGAUGACAUCACGGCGCAGGUGGCGCUGGAGCUCACCCACCUGUAUGCUCGCUUCCAGGUCACGCGCUUCUCCUGGUCAGUGCCCCCCCGCCCCCCCGCUUCCUCGGUCCCCCACCCCCGCCCCGGUCUGCGCACCCCGCUCACCCCCAGCCUUCCCAGGUACUGGCUCUGGUACACCACCAAGACCUGCGUGGGGGGCCUGGCGCGGAAGGCCUGGGAGCGGCUGCGGCUGCACCGCGUGAACCUCAUUGCGCUGCAGAGGCGCCGGGACCCCGAGCAGGUCCUGCUGCAGUGCCUGCCCCGCAACAAGGUGGAUAGCACCUUGCGGCGGCUGCUGGAGCGGUACCGCGGCCCGGAGCCCUCAGACACCGUGGAGAUGUUUGAGGGUGAGAAGUUCUUCGCUGCCUUCGAGAGGGGCAUCGACGUGGAUGCCGACCGUCCAGACUGUGUGGAGGGCAGGGUGUGCUUCGUCUUCUACUCACACCUGAAGAACCUGAAGGAGGUGUACGUGACCACAACCCUGGACCGGCGGGCUCAGGCCGUGAGGGGCCAGGUGUCCUUCUACCGGGGAGAGGUGCCAGAGGAGGUGCCUGAGGAGGCGGGGGCUGCUCGGCAGAAGAGGGGUGCAGACGCCCCGUGGAUGGCCACUCUGCCCAUCAAGCUGCCGAGACUGCGGGGAUCCGAGGGCCCAGGGCAGGGGGCUGGCCUCUCCCUGGCACCUCUGAACCUGGGCGACGCCGAGACUGGGUUCCUGACACAGAGCAACCUGCUAAAUGUGGCCGGCCGCCUGGGCCCUGACUGGCCAGCCGUGGCCCUGCACCUGGGUUUGCCCUACCGUGAGCUGCAGCGCAUCCGGCAUGAGUUCCGGGAUGACCUGGAUGGGCAGAUCCGCCAUAUGCUCUUCUCCUGGGCUGAGCGCCAGGCUGGGCAGCCAGGGGCCGUGGGGCUCCUCGUGCAGGCCCUGGAGCAGAGUGACCGGCGGGACGUGGCCGAAGAGGUGCGGGCUGUCUUGGAGCUUGGCCGCCGCAAGUACCAGGAGGGCAUCCAGCGCACAAGCCUGGCCCCCGGGGACCUUGGCCCACCUGGCUCUUCAGCAUCACAAUCCGCCGAGCCUGCCCAGGCCUAGAACCUACCGACUUUGGGCUGGUCCCUGACAUCCUUUGGCCAAUAGUUAGAGGUGCCCACUUUCAAACCUUCCCUGGGUAUGGGGACAGUGACCCUCUCCUCCUUGUGUAACAAACGUGCACCAUCCUG